ACCUUGGAAAAGAUGAGAGUAACAUUUGGUAAACACAAUAUAAUUUCUAUUACACCAUAGCGUUUUGAGGAGCCCGUGAUUAGUAUAAAUAAGCCGAAGAAGGAGCGUCUGCAUUAGAUCGAAUCUUCAAUCCAAACGCAAUCAUGAAAUUUGCUGUGGUGAUUUGUGCCAUUGUUGCAACGGCUUCAGCCGCCUCUCUUUCAACAAACGAGCCAGUGCCGAUCCUCAAGCAAGAACAAGAAGUUAAUUUCGAUGGCUCUUAUCAUACGUCUUAUGAAACUGGGAAUGGGAUUUCUUUUGAGGAACAAGGUUCUUUGAAAAACGCGAAUACUGAAAACGCGGCUUCGGAAAUUGUUGGUAGUUUUAAAUAUACAGGGGAUGAUGGUGUGGUGUACACCAUCCAGUAUGUGGCUAAUGAAAAUGGGUUCCAACCACAAGGCGCCCAUCUUCCUGUAGCUCCAGAAAUCCCAGCGGCCAUCCAGAGGUCUCUGGAGUACAACGCUGCCCAUCCCGAGGAAGAGGAACCACCCAAAAAACACUAACGUGUGAUAGAGACUGCCGAUAUUUUAUACUGUACAUAAUAAAGUUGUUUUUGAACAAA